AUGACGGUGACCAUCGAUAGCCUUCCUGCAGAGCUCCGAAAACAGAUCUCCCUCUUGGUCCUUGAUCAUUCCUGGCAUGAUUUGUCUGCCCUAAGCCAAGCCAGUCGGACCUGGCACAACGUUGCGGCUCCUCAGCUAUAUAUGGACCUUCGCAUCAAGUUCCACGAUCUGACAAGCUUGCAACAUGAUGUCUCUGAGUUUUAUACCGAUGGCCUUGGGCGGCAGUACCUGCGUUAUGCCCGCAAGCUUGAUCUUCUUUGCCUUGCAAAACCAACGUGGAUAAAUACUCAAAAAGCCAAAGAUCUCUGGAAGCAGAAAAACUGGUACAACGAAUUUAUCAGCUUCAAGCCACGAGCUGCGGAGGACGGCUUUCUCUCCGGGAUAUUAACUGAAUUUCAUGACAAGGAUCUCCUCUUUCUCCGCGCUUUUAACUAUGUGGUGGUGAACACAUUCCCCACGGUUAUCCUCAAAGCACUCCAACAGUUCCACCCCACUUGUCGCCUGAAUAUCUGGACAUCCCAAUGCCCUUCUAUCGAUAUUGAUGGUCUAGGACGCUCCUGUAAGCUGGUGAGGAAGGAGGCUCGAAGGCCAUUUGAUCUCCGCAUCCUACGCGCACCGACACUCCACACGCUGAAGGUAGUUUACACGAUGGGGUUGCAUCCGCGAGAAUGGCGAUGGAUACACCUCGACGAGCCCAUGCCACUCAUCUUCACUGCCCCCAAUUUAAAGCAUUUGAUCAUCGACGACAAACGCGAAGGCCGUGACAAUCCAAUCGAGAUAGUGAAAGAGGAGUGGGAAGACUUCAUCUCCUUCUACAGCAAGCUUGUCCCAGUUGCCCCGGCCACCUAUUCCCUCGAGUCCCUGAGUUUCCGAAGUGACGGUGCCGGGUUGGCUCAGGAGCAGAUCCUGCUGCGCGUUUCCACCAUUACCGACCUAUCUCGACUACGGUCGCUGGAGAUUGGGGUCUAUUCGGAGCCAGAGCUGUUGGCGCAAGUAGCUGCGCGAUUGACCGGACUAGAACGGCUGUACAUCAAGAUGGUCCCGCGGUCCAAUGGGGUCCGUCGUGGGGUCGCUCCAGACCGCGAAGAGAUGAUUGCCGCCGUGCGGGCUUUCCGUCCGUUGAAAUACCUCCGCCUGAUCAGCCUGCGGAGCUUCUCAUCCCUCGAUCGGAUUGUCUCGCACCACGGCCGGGCACUGAAAGGGCUGAGUUUGGAGGCCUCGUACCGCCAACGACAGCAACCUGACGAUGAGGGCCACAAGUACCCCGUCAAUGACGGCGAGCAGCUCCGGUACUUGGCUCGACUCUGCCCCGAGCUGGAAGAACUCCAUCUCCCGCUGCUGCGCACGGGUGGCGAUGCCCGCGAGUGCGAUUUAUACCGGGCAAUCGGCCAGUGGAGCCAUCUCCGUCAGGUCGUUCUUGACUUGGACUGCGAUCCGCGGGUUGCUGGGGUGGCCGAUGAAAGAGACGUUCUGGGUGACCUCACGUGUCUUCGGGAGAUCCUCCACAACGCUGCCAUCGACGAGGCGCUUGCCGCAGGCAUCUUCAAGCUCAUGUGUUCCGGUCAGGCUAACGAAUCGCUCAAGCAGGUCCGCGUCAAUCUCUUGUCACUUGGGAUUAUUUUCCCCCAGUCACUGGUCAACGUUCUCCGGCAAAUUAGUCAGUCGUUCCUCGUCACCCGGCCUGGGUUACCGCCAACUGCGGAACUGCAAGUCCAGGCGGUUGGGACCGUCGCGUGGCAGCUGUGGCAUGAAUGGAUCCUCGUUGACGACCCGUCCAUGCGGACUCCGCCGCCGGUCCAACAGAUACUGGAGGAGUGGUGGCCGCUAAACUCGGAUCGAAAUCGCAGUAAGAGCUGGGAGGAGAUACCGCUGCUGGUUAAGAGCUUUCCUUUGGAGGCUGGUAUUGAGCGCGACAGUGAUGCGCGAGAUAAUAGAGGCAGCAGCAUAGGAGACGCGAGCAGCUGA